ACUGCACCAUUUUCUUCAGCUCCUCCGCUGCAGCCGCCGUAAACCUGUGCUCGCCGUCUUCUUCUCAGAUUGUGGUUUUGAGAUAGUUUGAAAGAAAAGAUGCCUCUUUAUGACUGCAUGCUUUUGUUAAAACCCGCUGUACCAAAGGAAGCUCUCUUCGAUUUGAUUGCAAGGGUGGGAAAGCAUGUUUACCGAAGAAACGGAGUAGUCACUGAUUUGAAAUCCUUUGGAAUUGUCCAAUUAGGUUAUGGAAUUAGAAAACUCGAUGGAAGAUAUUAUCAGGGCCAACUACUGCAGAUGACUAUGAUGACACCGCCCAGCAUAAACUCGGAGCUGUAUUACCUGAACAAGGAAGACCGGUUGCUCCGUUGGCUUCUGAUCAAACACCGUGACUUUAAAUUCAGAGGAAGCUCUAUGGGUGAAGUUGAUAUCGCAAGUGAGCUCAGAGAUGUCAAGAGUGUCUUGAAUGAUGGCAAUAUGAUCGAAGAGGAGGAAGACGACAAUGAUGAUGAUGAUGGCGAUGAGCAAUCUGAAUCAGGAGAUAGCAUGAGUUAGAGAUGGUUGGUCCUUGAUGUCCACCUUCUGUUUUUGGUGUAGUACAUGAUAUAAUGAAAUAUGCAAUCGUUUUGUAUUUUAAUGAAUUGCCAAUUUAUAAGUAGAUGCGGACAGUGAACGUUAGGCAUUUGCAACUAUUUUGGCUUGGACUAGUUCGGCCUAAAUUAUUGUAUGUCCAUAAUCUCAUAUGUAUUGUUAGUAAUACUAGAUGUCUAGUAAGAAAUCUAACAUGACAUUGGCAUAUGACCAAACACCUCUGUAUUAGCUUACUGGGUGUGCCCGAGUCACCUUAUUCAGAUAGUUCAGUGCCUGGAUAAUUUAUACAGUUCA